AUGUCGCUCAAGCUGGGGCAGGGGUUAGCGGAGAAAAAGGCGUCCAUUGGCUACACGUACGAGGACAGCACGGUGGCAGAACUCGAGAACCCGCCCGAGAAACGAGCAGACGAAGAUGACUCCGAGGAGGACAGCAACACCGAUGAGGACGAAGUCAUCCCCGACAUAGAUGUCGAAGUCGAUGUAGAUGAGCUGAACCAGGAGCAAGUGGCUGACCUGAAUAAGCAGGCGACCACCUACGGCAUGGCGGAAGGAGAUUUUGUCCGGAUGUUACGGAAGGACAAAGAGGAGGCAGAAGCCAUCAAACACGCCAAAGCUUUGGAGGAAGAGAAGGCCAUGUACUCGGGCCGUCGCUCCCGGCGGCAGAGACGAGAAUUCCGGGAGAAACGAUUGAAAGGCAGGAAGAUCAGUCCUCCGAGCUAUGCCCGGAGGGAUAGCCCCACUUAUGAUCCCUACAAACGGUCCCCGUCCGAGUCCACUUCCGAGUCUCGUUCCCGCUCUCGCACCCCCUCCCCUGGCCACGAGGAGAAGAUCACCUUCAUCACCAGUUUCGGGGGCAGCGAUGAGGAAGCAGCCGCCGCCGCCGAAGCCGGAGGACCCCCCCGGAAGCCCCCCUCUCUCGGCAAGGCACGCUCCGGCCAAGUGCAGCCCGGCAGCGCUGCGGCAGGUCAUAGCGCCUCUUCCCGGCGACGCUCCACGUCUUCCUCCUCCUCCACGUCCUCAACCACGUCGUCCUCCAGCUCACGCUCCAGUUCCCGGUCUCACCGGGCCGGCGGAUACCACCGAGCCAGCCGCUACACCCGCUCACGGAGUCACAGAUACUCCCGCUCCCGCAGCAGAAGCAGGCGGUACUCCGCAGGGGGCUCCCGGGACGGGCGCCGGCACUCCCGAUCUCGCUCGACGGAGCGGGGCUGGCGCUAUGGCUCCCGCCGCAGAUCCAGGAGCCAUUCCCGGUCUGGGGAACGGUACCGGUGGAGUAGCCGCGGAGGGAGGCAUUGGAGCAGCAGCCGGAGCAGUGGAAGCGACAGCGAAUCGCGAAGCCGCAGCAGGUCAGCAUCUCCGGCCAGAGAGAAACCGCUGAGGCCUGCGGCUUCCCCUGCAGUAGGGGAGAAACUGAAAAAGGCUGAGGCUGCUGGUGGUAAAGAGACAGGAGCUGCCAAACCAAAGCUGACGCCGCAGGAGAAACUGAAGCUGCGUAUGCAGAAGGCGCUUAACCGGCAGUUUAAAGCAGAUAAAAAAGCUGCCCAGGAGAAGAUGAUGCAACAGGAACAUGAAAGACAGGAGCGAGAAGAUGAAUUGCGUGCCAUGGCUCGGAAGAUCAGGAUGAAAGAGCGUGAGCGCCGAGAAAAAGAGCGCGAAGAAUGGGAGAGGCAGUACAGUCGCCAGAGCCGGUCUCCUUCUCCACGUUACAGUCGUGAAUAUAGUUCUUCAAGGAGCAGGCAUUCGCGGUCCCGAUCCCGGAGCCCUCACUACCGCCACUAGACUGAGCCCUGGCAGGGCGUGCGUGCUGGCUACCUGGUUUGCCGGAUCUCUUCCCCCCCUCCCCCGGUGUAAUCCACUGUGUAAUAACCGUUGUACAUUGCUGUUGUUGUUUUUAAGCUGUUCUAAAAAAUAAAAAUAAGCCCACACCGGAA